AUGGCCUCAAAGAACGUGUUCAUCACUGGCACCACCGGCUUCAUUGGAGGCGACGCCUUGUAUGCUUUGAACAAAGCCCAGCCUAGCUGGAGCUACACCAUCCUCGUCAGAAGCGAGGACAAGGGCAAGGCUGUUCAAAAGCAAUAUCCUGAUGUGAAGCUGGCCAUCGGUUCUCUGGAUGACUACGAGGUCAUCAAGAAGGCUGCCUCCGAAGCUGAUAUAGUCAUUCAUACUGCUGAAAGCUCCGACCACCAAGAAUCUGUUCGAGCUAUCGCCGCUGGGCUCCGAUCCACCCACUCCAGUUCGAACCCAGGCCACUACAUCCACAUCAGCGGCACAGGUAUCCUUUGCUGGUACGACCAGGACAACAAACGCUAUGGAGAAGCUCCUCUCCCCGAGCAAUCUUACAACGACUUGGAGGGGGUUGACAAGGUGACAUCUCUGCCCGACACUGCAUUCCAUCGCGAUGUCGACAAGAUCGUGCUUGAAGAGGCCGCCAAGGACCCAGAAGCUGUAAAGGUCGCCAUUGUGUGCCCUCCCACUAUCUACGGAACUGGCCGUGGACCUACCAACCAGCGAAGCCGACAGAUCCCAGGCCUGACCGAGACCACAUUAGAGAAAGGCUUCGGACCAAUCAUCGGCGCCGGCGAGACAGAAUGGGAUAACGUCCACGUCCACGAUCUGUCAAAGCUCCUAGUCCAACUGUCCGAGCGAGCAGCAUCAUCCGACCAACAAGAUGAGCAGGAAAUCUGGGGACCAAAGGGUUACUUCUUUGCAGAGAAUGGCAAGCACAAGUGGAGCGAGAUCUCGACCCUCAUUGCGAAGGAGGCGCGUAAGCAGGGUCUUAUUGACAGUGAUGAGACAAAGGUUCUGGAUGUCGACGAGGCUCAGAAGAAGCUGGGCUUCCAGGCCCUGUCUUGGGGACUGAACAGUCGUGGUGAAGCGAAGCGGGCUCGUAAGUAUCUUGGUUGGAAGCCCGAGAGUCCUAGUCUGGAGGAGUGGUUGCCCGAGUCAGUACAGACUGAAGCCAAGCUGUUGAACAAAGCAUAG